UAGGCAAAAGCAUUUUUUAUUGUAGUAUUUCUUUCGUUUACAUUUAUUUGUAAUGUAUUAAUAAAUCACUCAAUUCCAAUCAUUUUAAUCUGCAAAACGCUAAAAGAAUAUUAAAAUAAAUACUUAAUUAAACACAUACUAUAAAGAUGUCUACAAACAAUAAGAAUUCUUAUGAAGAUAUAGACGAGGCAGAGGAAGAAGCUCUACUAAAGUCGGAUGACGAAGGUGAAGGUGGCAAAACAAAUAUUUCCUUAAAUUUAUUACGACCUCCCUCAGUUUCCUUGGCCAGCGAUUUAAUUGAUGAUAAUUCUUUGCUAAAUGAUCAUCUACUGAAGGAUGCCAUAGAUGAGGACGUAAGUAAGGAAAAUAAAUUAGAUGAUGCAGAUUUAUUGGAGGAUGAUCAGAUGUUGGAUUUGGAAUAUGCUAAACAAGCUGAAGUUAUUGAUGAUAGUGAGGAUGACGACGAUGAGGAUGAUGAAGAUGAAGAACUUAAAACUCUUAAGGAAUUUGAAACAAUUUUAAAAGAAUUGGAAGUUAAUCAAUACGCUUAUGAUAAAUAUGUGCGUUUAUGUGAACUAUCACACUCUACUGGUGAUUUGGACAAUAUACGCAAGGCUUACAAUAGCUUUUCUUCGGUUUAUCCCUUGACCGCUGAACUUUGGCAAAAAUAUAUUGAUGUAGAAUUGGUGGUGGCUCAAUCACCCAAGGAAAUUGAUCAAGUUAAGGAAUUAUUUCGCAAAGCCUUGCAGGAUUAUUAUUCCUGUGACUUAGCACUUAAAUUCGCCGAAUUUGCAGGGCGCAGUCAAGACUCUAAAGCAAUAUGGCAAGAGAUUUUGGGUACUUAUGGCCUAAAUUGCCUAAGAGGCAGAGAGUUCUUUAAACUCUAUCGCCAACAAGUUGCACAAGAUUUAUCAAUUCCAGAGCACUUAAAAAAUUACAUACAAAGUUUUCUACAAGAGCUACGAUUUCCUCUCAAUGAAAUGGAUGAGUCCUAUAUAGAAUUUAAAGUUUACUAUGAACGCAAUAAGGAGAGUUUGACAGAGCACACACUCGACUGGUCAGUAAUCGAUCAACGUUACUUUAAAGCCAAAGAUCAUCUAAAAAAGAUACUUAUAUAUGAGGAAAAACUAAAGGGUUUGGAAGUGCAAGCUUAUCGCGAAAGAGCUGAAGUUUAUUUUGAAUAUAUUAAAGACACCGAUAAGUUUUUAGAUGAAAAUGUUUUGCAAACCAUAUACGAGCGUAUGGUGGCCGAUUGUUGUUUGAAUGCCGAGUGUUGGACAAAAUAUAUAGAUUUUAUAGACUAUAGAGAUGCCUUUGGACGUCCGGAAGAUUUGCAGAAUUUACCCAUGUUUGAACAAACUCCCGAUGAUGUGUGCAAAAGAGCUUUGCGUAAUUGUACUUGGUCACCGGAAUUGUAUAUAAAACGUAUGUUGGUUUUGGAAAAGAUGGAUAAAUCCAUGGCUGAAGUACAAGAGGUGUUAGAGACAGCUUUAGCGGCUGGUUUUCAAACACCUGAACCGGCUGUGUCCAUUUGGCUGGAAUAUUUGACCUAUUUGAGACGCAACACAGAUUGGAUGAAUCCAGAUGAGUGUGAGGUGUUGAGAAAGAAUUUCAAUUUAGGUUGGACCAUAUUGGGACAACAAUGGGGUGUAUUGGCUGAUUGUAAUUGUGAGAUAUUGCAAUUCUGGGGACGUUUGGAAUAUGGACCUUUGCAGGAUCCAAAAAGAGGCAAAGAAUUAUGGACUACUGUAAUGGAGAGUUCUGACAACUUUACAAAAUCUGGUUUGUGGAUAGAAUUUGCUUUAUUGGAAAUGAGACGGGAUUUGGAAGCUACACGAAGUAGGUUUAUUGUCAAGGAAUCCACCUUUAAGGAACACGAAAAUCAAGAAAUUGAUCUUACCAAAGAUCAUUUACGUAUAUUUUUAUCAAACCUAGAUUAUAAUUUAACGGAGGAUGUUAUAGUAGAGAAUUUGCCGGAAAUAAAAAUUUUAAAAUUGGAAUUAAUACGUUCGGUGAAUGGCAAAAGUCGUGGUUUCGGUUAUGCCGAAUUAGAAACAGAGACUGAUGUGGAAAAGGCGUUAACUUUGGACCGUAAGAGCAUUAAUGGCCGUCCCUUGUUUAUUUCAAGUGUUUUGCGUGAUAAAGAACAACGUCAGAAGUUUAAAUACAAUGCGGAACAAGAGUUGCACAAGUUGUUUAUAAAAAGUCUGCCCCCUGAUUGUACCCAAGCGGAAUUGGAGGAAAUGUUUGGUGCCUAUGGCAAAUUGAAAGAUGUACGACUGGUGUAUCACAAAUCUGGUAAAUUUAAACAAAUCGCUUAUGUGGAAUACGAACAAGAUUCUUCGGCAAGUAAAGCUGUUUUAGUCACUGAUAAUAUGAACUUAAGAGGUCAUAAUAUAUCAGUGGCAAUUUCUGCUCCACCUCCUAAACCAUGUACCGCAGCUCCGGAAAAACCCAUAAAAAUGCUAGGAAUGGCAACUAAACGUAAACUAAAUGAACAAAAGCCCAGAAUGUCCUUAAUACCAAAUGUGGUAAGAAAAAAUCUAAACACCAAACCAGUAACAGCAGCUAAGACGGCAGCAACGCCUACCAAUAAUGCCGCGGCACCUCCGAAAAGUAAUGAAGAUUUUCGUAAACUUUUGACAAAAUAGUUUUAAUAAAAAUUUAUGUGAAAGAAAUAAUAAAAGUAUUUUUGUAAAACAAAAAUAAAUUUAAAAAACAACUCAAUUAAAAAACACACAAUCCAAUACACACCACACACACACAAAAUAAACAAGAAAAAACAACUGCAAUAAAGAAAAAAAAUUAAACUAUUUUAUGAACCCAAAAUGAAAUGUAAAAAUAUAAUUUAUAUAAAAGAAAUAAAACAGAAAUAAAAAAUAAUCCAAAUAAACAAGUCAGAAACUAAAA